UCAAUUUUUCACCGAUUCAUAAUUUUUGUAAAAUUUUAUUUCGGUAGUGUUAGUUGUCCAAGCAAUAUAUUACGUUUCUUAUCAAUGGUUAAAAGUGGACUGUCAUUCGUCUCUAAAAAAACCGAAAUAUCGUGUACAAUGCUUGGUGUGACCGCCUUUUGCCUAAAGCAUCUUAGUUGCAGUGCUCUAUUGUUGAUAUGUUAAUAUGUUCGUUGCAAUCAUUAACACGUUUUAUAUAACUUUACAUUCUUCCUCUAAUGUUUAAUACAAAAUGCUUAAAUACGAAAUGGUUAUCAAUUACGCAAAUCCAAUAAUUAUAUGAUAUCUAAUUGCCAAGAUUGACUAAAAAGAUAAUAAAAAAAUGUAAUCAAUACUCCAAGUUUUCAUAAACAAAGCAAACGAAAAGUCUUGGAAAAAGUUUAUUUUUAUCAGAAAUGCAGAUAAAAAAAAUUAUUGAGACUGACAACACAUAGUUGAAGGUUUAAUUAUAACUAUAUAAAUGUGAAAAAGACAAAUGUACAUUAUGAUGUUUUGGAACAUUCUGAUAAUAGGCAUUAGUUUACAUAUUGUGCAUGGUAUCGCUCCUAAUCAAGCAGGUGGCUACUGUGCUCCAUAUAAUGGUAAAGUUUGUAAAAAGUACUUGACUGGCAUUGGUACAGUAUGGUUCAAUGAUUCUAUUGAUAACCCAAGUGGAUGGUUGAAUGAAAAAAUUACAACAGAUUUGUGGGAAGAAUUGAUAAAAAAAUUAAGUGAACCAUGCCGUUCUGCUGCAGAGAAAAUGUUGUGCUUUUAUGCCUUCCCUCAAUGUCAAGGUGGUGUUGGUUUACCUCUUUGCUAUGAAGAUUGUAUAGCUUUAAAGUUUCAAUUUUGUUUCAAUGAUUGGGCUCUAAUAGAAGAUAAUAAACUAAGGCAGAUUUAUAUAAGAUCUCGAGGUCAUUUUAGACUACCGGAAUGUGAAAAGUUACCAAAGAUUUCUAAAGAGAAAAUGAUGUGCUCACAUGCUUCUAUGACAGUUGUUGAUCAAAAACUUGUAACAUAUGACUGCUAUAGAGGUCAAGGACGCUUUUAUAUGGGUACUGUGAAUACAACAAAAAGUGGUAGACCAUGCCAAAUGUGGAGGGAUCAAAAACCACAUAGUCAUGAAAGUCCACCAGAUGUUUUUCCACAAAUUCGUGAUGGAGAAAAUUAUUGUCGAAAUGCUGGAGGAGAUGAACGACAGCCAUGGUGUUUUACAAUGGAUACUAGUACAAGAUGGGAACAUUGUGACAUUCCUUUGUGUGAUAACAUAACUACCAGAGACAUAAAAAACACUUCAAGUGAUUUUAAGUUAGCGAAUUUAUUGGCCCCACCUUUUAUAAUUAUUGCAUCAGUUUUAAUAUUGACAAUUGUUAUUAUAUUUUUACUGAUUGUUCUCAUAAACCAAAGAUUUCAAAAGCGUCAUCAAGGAUACAAUCAAACUGAAUCUCAGGAAGUCAAUAUUGAUUUGAAUAAGCUGCCGGAUAAUGAUGCAUAUCAUAAAACGAAUAUUCCAUUGAAUCCAAGAUUGGAAAAACUUGAAUUUCCUAGAAAUAAUAUAAUAUACAUAAGGGAUCUUGGUCAGGGUGCCUUUGGAAGAGUAUUUCAAGCCAAAGCACCUGGUCUCGUACCUGGUGAAGAAUUUACAAAUGUUGCAGUAAAAAUGUUGAAAGAGGAAGCUGCAGAUGAUUUGCUGAAAGACUUUGAACGAGAAGCUUGUCUCUUAUCUGAAUUUGAUCAUCCUAAUAUUGUGAAACUUCUCGGAGUUUGCGCUCUUGGGCGACCUAUGUGUCUUUUAUUUGAGUACAUGGGACGCGGUGAUCUAAAUGAAUUCCUACGUUCAUGUUCUCCAGGAAAUUAUAUAGUACGGAACAUCGAAAAAGAUGAUACUUUUACGGAUUCACGACUUUCACAUAUGGACCUAAUAAAUAUAGCCCGACAAAUUGCCUCAGGCAUGGUUUAUUUAUCUGACAGGAAAUUUGUACAUCGAGAUUUGGCUACACGCAAUUGCUUGAUCAAUGAUGAGAUGGUGGUAAAAAUAGCAGAUUUUGGUUUAUCGCAAAAAAUUUACUUGCAAGAUUACUAUAAAGGAGAUGAACAGGAUGCCAUUCCAGUACGGUGGAUGCCACUAGAGAGUAUUUUAUACAACAAAUACACGGUAGAAUCUGACGUUUGGGCUUUUGCUGUUUGUUUAUGGGAAAUAUUCAGCUUUGCACUUCAGCCCUACUAUGGGAUGACUCACGAAGAAGUUGUCAAGUACAUCAAGGAAGGAAAUGUCCUUCAGUGUCCAGAUAAUACUCCACAGUCGGUUUAUGAGCUCAUGAAACUUUGCUGGAACAGGAAACCUUCUGAAAGGCCAACUUUUAAAUUCAUUUUUGAAUCUCUCAAUAAUAUAAAGUCUGAACUAAAGGCUGAAAACAAGUCAAAUAGCGUACCUCUUCGUAUACAUCUGUAAAUGUUA